AUUUGAUUUCUCCAAUUUCAGGAACCACUAAAAUAUUAGGUUUCUACGCUGCAAUAUUAGUAACGACUGUGCUUAUGAUCAAACUGCUGACCUAUGACGUCACGAAUAGGCCGCAAGUCAGCGCCGCCCCAAGUUCGCAUCACAGGAAACUGACGAUCCUGUUAUCACAGCCUCGCUCUGGGAGUAGUUGGAUCGGGUCUUUCUUCGACUCUCAUCCUGAUGUGUUCUAUAUAUACGAACCAUUACAUCCCCAAGUCUACAGGGACUCCAAGAUUCAUCUUACCGCUGAGAAAUUCCAGGAGGAAAUACUGAGAAAUCUGUGUCGAUGUGAAUUUACUGAGGAGAUCAUAUCUCAUGGAAUACAGGAGAGAUCUUCUAAAGUAUCCAGAUCCAAGGGAAUGUUAGGGGUUCUGUCUCCUAAUGCAGAUGAACUGAGUGAGCAGUGUAAGCGAUCUAAACACACUAUAGCUAAAGUGCUCCAGCUCAAACACUUCCAGAUGUUCACCAGUCUCUCGAAAGAGUGUGAAAUCAAUGUCAUUCAUUUGAUCAGAGACCCCAGAGCCUCCAUCAAAUCACGCAUGGACACGUUUAAGAGGUUCCUAGCAGAGGAGCAGGAGAUUGAAGAGUUCACACCGGACAUCAUAGCUGACUCUUCACACAAGAUCUGCACUGAAAUAACAACAAGAGCUAAUCAGCUUCAGAGACACAAUCAUCUCCUGCAAUACUCAACUAUCCUCUAUGAAAACGUUGUAAAGAAUCCUCUGGAAAAAGCCAAAGAAUUGUUCAGGACAGUGGGGAUUGACUGGAGUGCGAGUGUGGAGAAGAGAGUGUUACACUCAAUCUCCGGUUCUUCUGAGGGUGGAGGGUUUGACACAGUAAAGGACACAAGUAGAUUGCUAGGAAGAUGGAGAAGGGAGGCAGGAGAGGAGUAUAUCAGAGCAGUAGAGCAGGGCUGCACCCAACUCAUGUCUACCGUCGGCUACCCUCUCAUGUUCCCUGACACUUGACGUCAUGUGACG